GGAGGAGUUCCUCAGAAAGCAGAAGACAGAGACCAUCAUCUACUCCCGCGAGAAGAACGCCAACACUUUUGAAUGUGUCGUUCCUGCCAACAUCGAGGCUGUGGCAGCCAAGAACAAGCACUGUCUGCUGGAGGCCGGGAUCAGCUGCACGAGGGACUUGAUCAAGUCCAAGAUCUACCCCAUCGUGCUCUUCAUCCGGGUAUCUGAGAAGAACAUCAAGAGGUUCAGUAAAUCUUCAUUGAGGGCAGGACCCCAGUCCAGGGCAGACACAGCCCCUGACCUUGCAGUGGAGACAGUGACUCAUACAUAUAUUGUCACAAGGGAGGAGUUCCUCAGAAAGCAGAAGACAGAGACCAUCAUCUACUCCCGCGAGAAGAACGCCAACACUUUUGAAUGUGUCGUUCCUGCCAACAUCGAGGCUGUGGCAGCCAAGAACAAGCACUGUCUGCUGGAGGCCGGGAUCAGCUGCACGAGGGACUUGAUCAAGUCCAAGAUCUACCCCAUCGUGCUCUUCAUCCGGGUAUCUGAGAAGAACAUCAAGAGGUUCAGGAAGCUGCUGCCCCGGCCUGAGACGGAGGAGGAGUUCCUGCGCGUGUGCCGGCUGAAGGAGAAGGAGCUGGAGGCGCUGCCGUGCCUGUACGCCACGGUGGAGGCCGAGAUGUGGGGCAGCGUGGAGGAGCUGCUCCGCGUCAUCAAAGACAAGAUCGCCGAGGAGCAGCGCAAGACCAUCUGGGUGGACGAGGACCAGCUGUGAGACGGGGGCACCCCUGAGUCUGAGCGAUGCCACAGGGGGCGAGGGGGCAUCUUGCUGCCCACAGAGCUGCCCCAGCCUGAGGACUCUGUCCUACCCAGGGAUGGAGCCCCUCUAGGGAGUCCCCAGGGACGGAUAUACCUGGGGAGGGAGGAGCAGGAUGGGUUUAUUCCACCUGAGGCUGACCUGGCUGAGUCCUUUGGCCCAUCUGGCAUUAGCAGAGAGAGAGGGCCAAGCAAAGGACACCAAGCCAGGGGCCGAGGCCAGCCAGCCCAUCAACACCGGAGCAGCAGUUGAAUGUAACACAUGGGACAGGUGUGCUACCUGUAGGGCUGGGACCCCACCAACCAGGGUGCUCGCCAGCCUGGGGAUGCAGGAAAAGCACAUUCCCAGGCAGGACAGGCGGGGGAGGGGAAGGGUACCAUGCUAUUUCUGUUGCAUUAAAAUUUCUCCAUUUCUUUGUUUUCAA